AUGACGUCCAAGCGGACGAGUGUCUUCGACAGACUGGGUGGAACUGGUGGAGGAUAUGCAUUCGAGAGAACUCAAGAAGUCUGCAGAAACUAUCUCCAUGGUCGUUGUCAAUUCGGAUCCAAAUGUCGGUUCGUUCAUCCGCCGAAAACUCACGAUGAACGCGAUCGCGAACGGAGGCACCACAAUACCGGCGGCAUUUACAAGAAGCAUAAGCGCCAAAGUGAUAUACCCGACAGUGAUAGAAAGCAGCGACUCGUCAAGAAGAGCCGGCAUCACAGUCCACCUCUGGGCGAAACCGACGUGAUGAAGACUCUCAAAGGAAAGAAACGACUGAGAUCUCCGGAGGAAGGCUUGGUGUCGGACGAUGGUUCAGAACUGGAGGAGGGUCAGACAGUCGACAACGAUGAUCUCGAAAAGAAACGCAUUCAGCUGCAGAAAGAGCUCGAGCUGCUGCAGAGUGUUCCGUCAGAUAAGAAGAAAGUGUCAUCCUCAUCGUCAUCAACCACCGAUGGGAAUUCGUCAUCAUCGAGUGUUAGCAAUUCUCCUCAUAGUGACAGUGACGACAGGGAGAACGAAACCGAUUCGAGAGAGAAGUCAAAAUGGAGGAAACGGAAGGCUUCACCAGCAAUCAGUUCUCCCGAAGCCGUAGACCAAGGUGCCAAAGAGAAUCACAGACAACACAGAAAAGCAACAUCACCCGGGGGCACUCGGACGGGUCAUUCUGCUUCUCCCCCGCUCAAUUAUACGUCCGGGGGUGUAUACAGAACGGCCCGGAGUCAUCAUCCGGAUGAAUUCCGAGCUGCAAAAGGUCGACAACCAGAAAAAUACAACUCUACCACGCUAGCUUACCGUUCACCGUCCCCACGAGGUCACUCGGGUAGGCACAACACGGGUCCACCCGGAGGACAUUUCGGACGACGGGCUCAAAAUCACGCCUCGGCUUCUUUGCAUCUGAGGCCCGUAUCCCCUGAUAUGCCGAAAAAACGGAAAACCAGGGUCAAACGAGCCGCCCGAUUGCCGACAAAGUCCCUCAGCGGAAGCGAGAAUGACGAGGCCAAGAUGAAGGGUGCCGUUGAUGGGGCUGAAGACGAGUCGUCGAACGACGAAAGCAUAUCUAGUGUUCUCGUUGAAGAAGCCCACAUGGGUGAGGAUGAACAGGAAGACCAGCACUCGACGACAGCCGAGGAGAACGGCGUCAAGAAAGUCAGCGAUAACUCCUUGACCCUGACGCCGAAAGCGAAUCCCGACGACGAGAAUCGCGAUGAACUAGACUUGAAGGAAUCGUCGUCGCCCUGCACUCAAUCACAGGAUGGUGAUUUAGCGAGCGGUGACGACGACGAGAAACAGUUCUCGGAUUGGAGUUCUGAGGAGGACGAUCUCCUCGCGAAGGAAGAGGAUCGAAAACCCACGAGACAACCCGGAGAAGAGAGUCCGCUUAACGCCGAGAGCUUAGAAAAGAAGUCAGACAAAGAUGAGGCCGUGGUUGCGGCCGCGGACGGAGCCCUGGAAGCCAAUGGGGUAAUUCACGAGGAUCACACACACAGCAACAUUCUCGAGGAGGCUGAAGCCAUCUCGGAUGACGAUCUUGAGGCUCUCAUCGAGGAAGACAAUGAGCCGAGUGAAAAAAACUUAUUGGAAACCCCAUUUUUUUCAUCCUCAGACAAUUCGGAAGACCCAUCUCUGGACCAUCGCAGGAGGUUCCAGCCCGCUCCAAUCUACAAUGCGCUGGAAAUAGAUUGGGAAUCUCUGGUGAAAAACUCGUCGGUAACCGAGCUCAAUAUGGAAGAUAGUCAAAAUAACUUAACUGGUGAAGCUCAAGCGCCUGCCGCGGACGAUUGGGAUCCAUGCAAUGUUCUCAUACGAAUCGGGGUAUCUUACGAUUUGUGUGGGAGAAUUCUUGCCGAGGAGGUCGAGCAAAGGAUCCCCGAGAAGCUGCAGAGCACAGUGGCAGGACUGCAUGUGGCUCUGUCUCGAGAAGCCGCGGAACUUCGUUCGAUAUUUGAUCAGUGCGGCGGCUCGUACGCGGGGGCUCUGAACUCACACAGGGAUCGCCAACUGCGAAACAAACUGGCAGCUGUGAAGGAGUCUGUACCGGAUCAGAGAGGAGCAUUGUUCGAAGAAACAGUGAACAUGUAUCAUCAAAUUCUAGAAGAAAAGCUCUAACAACGUAGGUACUCGGUAUGUGAGCUCCGUGAUGUAGCGCGGGAAUCGAACGUGUACAAUUCAUCAUAGGAAGGAUAAUGUAUUUGGUUGCUCGGCACAGUUGAUAGGAAGGGGAUCGUCAGUGUAUAUAAAGAUUAAAAUAUAAACGUAACCUGUGGAUUCGAAGUGGACCGAA